AAGAAAAAAUAAUAGCUAAACUUUAACAAUGCCUGGGCAUGUGUAGUAGGACAGGCUCAUAGGGUCAAGGAAAUUGGCUCAAGCCAGUUGCCAAAGCAUGCACAUGACGUACUUCCUUAUGAGCCAACCUAGCAGCAGGCACCCAGAGAUCCUGAUCAUGCCCAGCCAAUGAGGGACGACCACUAAAUACCACCAGAUCAGAACACAUCCUGGGUACUGGGAGGAGGGUAUAUAAGGCGUUCCCCAUUUCGGAAUAAAAGAGUCUGCUGUUUGCCUUUAUCUGACUCCUGGUGUCUGUGUUAUUGACACUGUACCUUCUCACCCCCUCCAGCAACAGACAUGGGAUUAUCAAAAAGUAAAAAGUGUGUUUUAAUGCCAAAGAUUGCCCUGAAUAUUCUAGAACCCCUGAAAAUGCAGAGCUAGUGUGGGUGGUAGUAGUAUGUGACAAAACUUUCACUGGUGAGACUCAACACACACAUCAAUCCCCCCAAAUAGGGAACGUACACCAGACGACCUUGGUGAACCCAUGAGUUUUGUUGGGGCUACUUAUAGGAAUAUGGGUGAGAGGUUACUGACAGGAGCAGAAAUGACUCAAAGACAGCUGUAUCGCCACAGCCCACCACAGCGUGGGUAUCAGUUCACAGACCUGGAGCAUACUGCACAGUCUGCAGGCAGCACAACAGGUGGGACAGUGUCCUUUCCAGGUGACUCAGUUGGUCUGAACCUCUUCACAGCAGCUGGUCUGGUCUCUCAACUUUUCUCCUGUGAAUGUCUUUGCAACUCAGCUUCUUUCACAUCUGAGAGGGACUCUCAACUUUUAUUGCUUACUCUGGCAGGGUGGGGGGCUAGUGAAUCUGGUCAGUUUCAGGGACUUCCUUUUUUAGUUGUUUACCUUCGUGCUUAAGGAACUUCCUGCAGGAUGGAAUGUUUUGAUCUCAGAGGAAACUGUAACAGAAGGGGAGGGCCAGGUCAAUCCCCAAAGUGUGAAGGUCAGCCAUUCUAGGCAAACUGGGAGCUGUGGGGAUGAAUGAGAGGUAUUAAAAAGGAAAGAUGGGGAAGAAUUAGCAAAAGAUACUUCAUGUUGACAUUUGGUCCCUAUACAUGUACUUGUGUGUACAGAUGUGGACACACAAGUAUAAAUACACAACACACACACACACACAACAAAAACAAGAAAAAAAUUUCAAGUGUUUAGAAAUGAAACACUUCCCAUAACCAGGCUUAUACUUUUGAUCUUGUCCUUGGGAAGCAAUACUAAAAUUACCUCAGAACUAAGAGAUUCUAAGAUUCAGGCCAGCCAUGUCCGAGGACCUCACACCAUUUUCUUCAAUAGGAUAGGAACUAAGACCAUUAUUUGUCACAUUUCAGAAAAGGGCAGGAUGAGAAUCCUAGCUGCCUUCACAAGCUGGGUGGCGACCCUCUUCCUGGCUUCCUGAUCAGCUGCCUUUCCCCAUGGUUCCAGCAUCAUGGCCUGUGAAGACAUGUGGCCCAGACACAUGUACAUAGCACCCAGCACCCACCAAAUUACCAUCCACUCCAGCAGGGCUUCCUACUUGCCAGGAAACAAGAUUCCAGGUAUUGUGUGUGAGAACAGUCAAGACUUCAUGGGGUUCCUUCUGCAAGCAUGCACAGUGGCUGAUGACCAGACAGCUGGCACCUUUGUCUCCGCUCCUCGCCAUUUUAAACCGAUGAGUUGUUCUGAAGAGGCAGACACUAGUUUCGGCCUGGCCCCAGGUUUGAUUUUAUUAAUAAGAACUUUUAAGAUUCAUGCUACAUGUUUGUACCAGCCAAUACCAGACAAAAUGCCCUCUCUGUCUCUCCAGGGUAUCUUCAGUUCUCUGCUUGAUCCCCAGUGCCCCUUUAUCUCUAAUACAGACAUUCUCAGAAGUCUUACUUUUGUCCUUACAAGAGCUGAAGAUGAGAGCAUCCUAGACACUGCUCCUGCCAGCAUUAGGGUGACAACAUUCCCUGGGGAUGCAGAGACUCUGUCUCAGUCAUCUUCACACACAUCUACUGGAAGCGGCAGUGGCCAGCAACCCGGAAGAUGGAGCAACCCAACCUUAUAACCAUCCCUGGAUGUCCACAGGUUAGAGAGGCUUGUGACCCUCAGAGAAGGCUCCCUAUACAGCUUUGUUUCCAUCCCAAGCACCCACCAUAGCAAGCGAGAGGCUAGCUUUUCAACUGCUGCUGGGAGUCUUUAUGGAACUCGAGUUGCAAGUCUAGUUGUAACCAAUCCAACCCCUGACUUCCAUCCCCUUGGCACAUCCAGGAGCCCAUCAGAUGCAUCCAGACCCUCUGUCAGCUUCUUAUAUGAGCACAGGGAAUACGGACUGGAAGAGGAAACUGCAGAGAGUGGUGUGGGAUACCUUAGCAAGGCCAGCGUAAGACCUGGAGUGAAGCUAGAGGAAACCGGUGCCCACCUGGAGACCCAGCUCAGGACUGCUCAGGUAGGAACCCCGAUUUGCCUGUCAGCCACCCUGGCUCUGACCCUGGCUGCUGGACUUUGCUAUCUGUGUUGCCGGUAUUGCCACCAGUGGACAGAAGGGUCCUUUGGUGAAUGUACUGCAGGUGCUAUUGCCAGGGACGAUGGAGGGGAGAGUGCAUGUCAAGAAGACAGGUGA